AUGAAAUCUGUCAAAAAAAAAGAAAAAAGAAAAGUACGGUCAGUAAAACUCCAAUUUAAUCGGCUAAAUGAAGCUAUUCAUUCUUUAUGCAGUGAAAAAAAUAGCAUUAGCACGAAUUUUGAAAAUUCAGCGAUCGGCCAAGAAAUUAAGAAAUUACGUAAAACCAUAGAAGAUCAAUAUUCAAUUAUCGGAACUUUUAGCGUUGCUGAUAAUGUAAAAAAAUUAAAGGAAAUUUUAGAUCAAAACGCGAAUAAUGAAAUUGUUGAAAGAAAACUAAACGAACGAAAUAUGUUAAUCGUUGAAUUAAAGGAACUUGAUAUGGCUCUGAUAACAGCACAACAAGAACAGGAAAAAAUUUCGGAACAACUUUUCAUAUUGGAAAAAGAACGACGUGUAUUGGCGCAUUUGAUAGCGUCUACUUACCAAGAGAAAAAUAAAGACGUUGUUGAACAAUAA